CCAAUCCCCGCCAUGACAGUCCGGCACGUGACGUAGGGUAAGUUCCUGCUGUGGCUUAAGGGAAACAUAUCGACAUUCAGCCACGGGAGAAUCGCACUUUGCGGCCUGUGGAAGCUCCCUCCCUGAGCGAUGGCCUCACCAGUCUCAGUCUACAACUCCAACGCCCUGGACACACACAUCUCCAGUACCUCCAGAGAGUCCCUGAAGAUGGAGUUGUUAGCGGAUGUGUCUCUGCUGCCAGGGGAGGAAAGAAUUAUCGAUAAAGAAACCAUGUACAUCUGCCCAUUCAAUGGAGCUGUGAAAGGCAAAGUGUUGAUCACCAACUACAGACUAUACUUCAAGAGCUCAGAUGCUGAUGUGGAUGUGACGCUGGAUGUUCCUCUGGGUGCCAUCAGCCGGGUGGAGAAGAUGGGCGGGGCGUCGAGCAGAGGAGAAAACUCCUAUGGCUUGGAUAUCACCUGCAAGGACAUGAGGAACCUGAGGUUUGCCUUGAAGCAGGAAGGUCACAGCAGACGAGAUAUCUUCGAGCUCCUCUUCAAAUACGCCUUCCCCCUCUCGCACGGUCUGCCACUGUUUGCAUACGUGACUCAGGAGAAGUACGCGGAGAACGGCUGGGACAUCUACAAACCCGUAGAGGAGUUCAGACGCCAGGGCUUACCAAAUAACAAGUGGCGUAUCACAUUCAUCAAUAAGAACUAUGAGCUGUGUGACACCUACCCCACUGUGUUGGCCGUACCCUUUAAAAGUAAAGAGGAUGACCUGAGGAGAGUGGCUGCCUUCAGGUCCAGAGGACGCAUACCGGUUCUCUCAUGGAUCCACCGGGAGAACCAGGCCGUGAUCUGUCGCUGCAGCCAGCCUCUGGUUGGGAUGUCUGGCAAAAGAAACAAGGACGACGAGCGCUACCUGGACCUGAUCCGGGAGGCAAACGACACCACAAAGCUCACCAUCUACGACGCUCGGCCCAGCGUCAACGCUGUCGCCAACAAGGCCACAGGAGGAGGCUACGAGGGUGACGAGUACCAAAACGCAGAGCUUAUCUUCCUGGACAUCCAGAAUAUCCACGUCAUGAGGGAAUCCCUGAAGAAACUCAAAGACAUUGUCUACCCCAAUGUGGAGGAAUCCCAUUGGCUGUCCAGUCUAGAGUCUACACAUUGGCUAGAACAUGUUAAGCUGGUGUUGUCGGGAGCCAUCCAAGUAGCAGACAAGGUUUCCAGUGGGAACUCGGUGGUGAUUCACUGCAGUGACGGCUGGGACCGGACUGCUCAGCUCAGCUCUCUGGCCAUGCUGAUGCUGGACAGUCACUACCGCACGCUCCGAGGAUUCCAGGUGCUGAUUGAGAAGGAAUGGAUCAGCUUUGGGCACAAGUUUGCCUCAAGGAUAGGCCAUGGUGACAAGAACCACGCAGAUCAAGACAGAUCGCCCAUCUUUGUUCAGUUCAUCGACUGCGUAUGGCAGAUGACCAAACAGUUUCCUACAGCGUUUGAGUUUAACGAGCGCCUCCUGCUGACCAUCCUGGAUCACCUCUACAGCUGCUGCUUCGGGACGUUCCUCUACAACUGCGAGAGUAUGCGAGACCAGCAAGAGGUGAGGUUGAAAACAGUGUCUCUGUGGUCCCUGGUCAACAGUAAGAUGGAGAUGUAUUUAAACCCCUUCUACACCCCCGAGUCGGGAAGGGUCCUCUACCCCGUCGCCAGCAUGCGCCACCUAGAGCUGUGGGUAACAUACUACAUCCGCUGGAACCCUCGCAUACGGCAGCAGCAGCAGAGUCCAGUGGAGCAGCGCUACAAGGAGCUGUUGGCGCUCCGAGACGAGUACCUGAAGAAGCUGGAGGCGCUGGAGCUAUCUGGCUCCUCUCCUUCCUCCCGUCUGGCUAACAACCCCAACAACCCCGCCUCCUCCACACCCCCACAGCAAUACACACAACUGCAAACUCCCCUUUGAGGGCUCAUGACACACACACGCACGCUCUCAAAUACACCUGUUGACUUGCACUUAUGUCCUCUUCACUCUGAUUUCUGUCCGUCUCUAACACACGCAGGGAAUUAAUGAGUAUUGUGCAGUUCUAACUGUUGAUAAAAAAAAGAAUGCUAAUCCGAUUUAGAUUUGAUAGGGUUGUUCUAACACCAUAGUGGUGACGAUGGUGAUUUAUGCAAUAUGUCACAGUACAGCCUUCUACACACACACACACACACACACACACUCUCUCUCUCUCUCUCGCCAUACAGGGAAGCCUUAAAGACAUUCAGUGGCUUUCAGUCCAAGGGCUUGAACACACAGGACACCCAGUGGAUGUGUAACGGCUUUCACACAGGCUUUCCUCUGUACACCCUAAUCUGAUUUGACAGAAACCCCCGCACAACAACAUUUACAUAUAUUAUCUACUAUAGGUAGACCCCCUCCUUUGUUUCCACUCUUUGUGGUAAGUGAGAAAAGCCAAAGUCAGGAGAAAAAUAGACAAUACAUUUUCUUGGAAACUAAAAUCAGUUCAAAGUUGGAUGUCAGAACACUGCUAUGUGUCAGCCCAGCUACGUCCUGCCUACGCCCUGCUACACAAGCGUUGGUGUCCUGUGUGAACAGAGCAAAAUCAAGACAGACAAUUCUCCCUUCUCCCACUUCUUCCUUCUUGCUGCACUGCUUCUGAGUGUUGCCUUUCCCUUAAGGAAUCGAUUAGAACUGCCGCAGAGCUCAUGCAGCGGAGUCAGAGGCUCUGAGCUGUGGCGGUGAACGUCACUGUACACGUCCAGCUAAGUGUAUAUAUCAAGUGUGUCAGAUUUGGAUGGGUUGAUGUGGAAUUUGUUGCUUAUCACCCGAGGAGAAAACCUAGAGCUGUCGGCCACGUGUUUUGCCACUGCUUUCUGCUACACUCCCCUAAGCAGUAUUUCCCAGCUCUUCCUAAGCUAUGGCGCUGAGAGCAAAUGCAGCUCUAGCCAACUGGCAGAGGUCACCUAGAAGUAAAUCAGUAAUUACCUUUUUAUGAAUGCAGCUUUGGUAGGGUCUGAAAUAUAUUUUGGGUGCUCAAGAUAUUCUAGGGACAUGAAGUGGUGCUGGCCUCUGAUCCUGGAUCACCUCUUGUGCUUCUAUGUUCUCACUAAACACAGGCCAUGGAUGGAGAAACCAGCCUGGUCCAUGAUAGCCUUACCAUGCCACGCCAAUAUGGAAAGUGAGCAGAAAUCAACCAGUUAGCUCUUACUUCCCUUGAAGACUGUAAUUCUGAUAUUCUUUCCACCCACCACUGAAAAGUCCCAUGUAAAGAAAACGUACGUGAUCUCAUAGCACAUGUGUCUUUUGGACAGGUGUUUUCUUUCCCCCUCAUUGUAAUUAAAUAUCACGUGGGUCAGAUUUUACAUUAGAAAGCCAAGUUUUAGUCAAUAAAUAGUGUUCUAUUUUUCAGUUAUCUAAUUGGUUUACGUAGUUUGGUGGGAUUGUUUACAACUACUUACUUGGUUGUCUGACUGCUCCUGUUUCUGCCCAAUUACACUGCAGAUUACAGCUUUGUGUAGCAGACAGGGUGUUGAUGUCUCCACAAGACAUGUAAUUAUAACUAAUAGGAAGGAUGGGGAAAGCUAUUAAGAAAUAAGGUGAAGUUAUGGGAAUUAGUCUUGAUGUGGAAGAAGAAAAUAAAAACGUAAAUUCCACAUUGGAAAUUCUAUGGAAGAUAGUCUUCCAGGAAAAAAAACAAAUGUGGUCCAUUGUUAAGGAAUGACAAAAAUAUAAAAAUGAUUUAUAUGUCAAAAUGAUGAGGUUUAAAUGAUGACAUUAAGUCAAAGCUAUAAAAUUUAGUUUUGUAUGUUUAUUUUAGUUUUUAUUAAAAAAAAAAAUUAUUUCAAAAUGGUGAGACAGUGCUAUCAUUAUUUUUGAUUCGCUGUCUCAAAAGUAUGGCCUAGUGUCUCAUAAUUCUGAUUUUAAGUUGGAAUAAAAUUGAAAACAAAAAAAUAAGACUCAUAAUUUUGACUUAAUAUUUAAUCAUUUUCUUCUUUUUUUUCUGACUCAAAUGAAAUUCUACAAUAAGAACACAUGAAAACCAACCUGUCCAGAAAGCACAUCCUGUGUGUGGGGGUGCGUAGAUAGCCUGAUAUGAGGAUUUUGCUGCUAACUACCAAGGGCUCCCAUUUUGGUUAUUUUGAAAACAUUUGACACAACGUCUGACAGAAGAAUAAUGACUAUCUAUCACAAAUACAUGUACUGUAUCAUUCAGUCUGUCAAUAUGAUAAGACUGUUUACUACAAUGGCUCUUGCGUUUAGGUUCUCUCCCCCCCCCCCUUUUCAUUCUCAGUCUGGUAGUCCUCAGUCUCUGGCACUUAUGCAACGUCGGCCACUCAAUAAAUAUCUGGGUUUUAUUACUGGAGUACUGUAAGUUGAGGAUUGGAGUGUUGUGUGCAGGGCUUUAAAAUGACACCUGCCAACCCGCCAAAUUUUUUUUUUGGUUAACAUUGUAGACUUGCUAGCCAAUUUGGCCGGUGAUGAAUAAAGCAAAUAACACUGCGUCUGUUUCAAUCAGCUGGCUGCAGAAAUGUUCCCAGAUUUCUCUUGUUUUCUGCUAAGAAAUUUGGCGGGUUUUGUGUGUUUGCCUUGGAAACGUAAUCUUUAUCUGGCAACACUGCUUGUUGUAUGAACCCUACAUUUCCCGUUAACACUUUCUCUUUGAAAUGAAGUAGUAAAGUUAGUUAGGAAAAAACAAACACACAUGUGGCUAGUGGAAAAUCUGAUUGGCUGGUAACUUUGAAAAUCUACUAGCCAUGUUGGCUGGUCAACAAAAGCUCAUUUAAAGCCCUGGUUGAGUGCAAAUGUGUUAUUUUGGCAAUGCCAGCUGUGGCGUCCCCUGCUGAAAACAAGAAUGAAACUAAUGGAUAGCUAUUAAAAGGAGCUUUAACGCUGCAGCAUGGCUGUGCUCUGGCUCUACACCCAAGGGAAACUGUUUCAGUAUAUUCUGUUCAAACUAGUACAGGGUAGAUCCACCUGGCAGUCUACUUGGACCACCACUGUAGAUCAUGUCCACCUGACAGUAUAUCUGUAACAUUUCAUAAAAACCUCCUUCACAAAUGAAUUUUAUGCUACAAUACCCCAGGCGUUCAGGGCUAUUGGUUGUUUCUCAUCACUCUUUUUUUGGAGUGUAGUUGCCUCCAUUCAGUAUGAUUUACACAGAAUGGGACUCUACUUCUGGAACCCUUUCUACCCAAACGAUUCCCCCCCUGCCCCACACUUCUCUGCAGUAUCCUUGAACAUUUGUUGUUGAGGCUUCAAAAAAGCCAGAGAGUUUUUUUUAGUAAAUUGGAGGCAACAAUGCAUAGCAAUAGUGCAUUGCAUGUACAGCAUAACAGUUUCAAUUGUGAAUGAGGUGCAAUAAGUCAUUUUGGGAAGUGUGUCAGGUCACGUCCAUAAUUGUGCCUUUUGAUUCGUGUGUGAAUCGACUUCACCUUUUCAGAUAAAUGUACUCUAGUUAUCCUGGGUCAUGUUUGAGAUUGACUGCUCAGUAGUUUACUCUUCCAUAGGAAGAAAGCCUUGUGUCUUCUGAUUAUUUUGAGAGGAAGCCAUGCUGUUUAUGGAUUUGUGCCAGUUUGAAGUGGGAGGAAGUGGGUGGUCACUGCCAGCAUUCCUCAAGUAACUACAGAGUGCAGAGGAAGGGGCAGUUCACUAACCUUCCCCUGUCUUAAAGGAAGCCUUCCAAAUCCUACACUGUGUGACUCUGUAACAGAUCACAUAGUAGCAAGAAACACAAAAGAAAUUCUGGUCCCUGUUGGCCCCCAUCCAGAUAAGAUUAAUACCUGUUUCAUCAGUGUUUUUAGGACAGAGACACAGAAGGUCCCAGGCGUGUUAGCCUGGCUCGACCAUUCCAGGGCACACAGGGUUCUCGGGCGAGUUUCAGGCGCCUUUUACAUUGCUACGUUUUCAUUUAAAAAUAUCUUUUGCUACGUUUAUACCUCGCAGCCACACUUCGGGUUCGAGAGCCCCUAAACCGGAGACAUUUGAAAACACUUCUGACCCGUUUUGGUUUGGUAACUGCAGGGUUGUGCUUCAGCUUAACGGAGCGUUAAGAUGGCAACGUUUCGCCGCCUGAUUGGGUCUUAUCCGUCACGACAUCUUGUUCUCUGAGACCAUAAACACGCUGCCUCCGGUUUUAUGUCCAGUAGACAAGAAUGGCGAUGAGAAAUGCCGUUUGGUCGUGUUAGUUUGAAUGGGGAUUAGUUGUUCUGGGUUGUUUGAGCUAAAAACACUUGAGUUUUUUGCUUGAAAACCAAAACAUAGUGUAAAUGUAGCCUCAGAACCUCAACAGUGAGCACGGAAAAGCGGUUGUCUCGCUCUGUAUCAACUUUUUUACCUUGGCAUAGAGUUUUGAUGUAUUACAACACAAACGAGGCAUGGUCAUGAGAGAGCUUUUGAGCUUAACUCUGAUUAAAAGUGGUUCAAUUUAAUUAAAUACCACAAAAAUGAAAGACAGCUCAGGCUCAGUUUUGCCUCGGCCGUUGAGUUGAGCUCCAUCAGACCUGCUUGUCUGAUGGUCACCCUGCUUGGGAAGGCCCCUGUGAGGGAAGGGCUGUGUUCCAUUUCAGAUUAGGACAUUCCCACCCACUACCCGCUGUGAUUGGUCCCAUGUUUAUAGGUGCCCAAAGAUCCAGGGCUUAAAGUGGUCUCUCAGCUCUUAAUUUCUUCCAUACCUUCCAGACAAAUGUAAUUUCGUGAAAUGGCCAGCAGAUUUCGCCAAAAAAGCUUUGUUUUUUUACCAUCACGAUGGCAACUAUAACAAAAUCAGGGAGUGUAACAGGCACAGCAAAUGGUUUAGAAUGAAGUCUUGGUGUUUUAUGGUGUUUCAAGAGAAAAUAGGACUUUUGCUACCUGCAAGUAUGUCAAAUCUCAAACAUGACUUUUCUAUGUCUGGGUGGGUCAGAGCCAAGGUCCAAAAUUAGCCAAAUGCUGGGAAAAUAUGCAGGUGGCUGGUAGAUUUGCUUCACUCACCGGCCCAAAAAAAAAAAAAUCUUAAUAUGGCUAGUGGCUGGUCAAAUUUGAACGUUCACUUGAGCUCGACAGGGACCGCAUUUUGAAGUGUGUCCCCCACGUUCAGUUGUUUGAUUGACAUUUCAAAAAAUUGCUUACAUAAAGAGUUUUAAGUCUGGAACCAAGCCAGCCAGCAAAAGGCAAAGGUGUACAAAACCGUGCAUAGAAACUACCAUAGACUUGAAUGGCAGAGGCUCACUCUAGCCGUUAGCGGUUUCGCGGCUAUGGUCAACGUUUCUAUGGUAACAGCAAGUUGGACCAAUCUGAGACGUCACUGUUAUGCUUAGGAUUGUGGGCAGUGCCGGUUUUCUCCAUACAAUGGCAGACAAAACUUGUUUUUCUUAAAACCAGGUUGAUCUCGUUCUGGCUUCUACAGGAGCAGAAACGUUCGUUACACAAAUUCGUAGCUCGUGGUCCGUUUACCUCGGAUGAUUUAGACAUUAUGGCUAAUAAUCAAAAACCUUACGAAGAAAAUGAAAGGGAUUUUCACUUCCGGAGCCACACGGUUGAGCUCUAUUUGGCUGGUGGGUGAAAAAGUUAAUUUUGGACCGUGGUCAGAGUGCAACCUGAUUCCUAUGUUAACUUCUUAGGUUGUACCAAAUGGAAAACCAACGUCCUCUAUGAAAGGUUCGUACUGUAGGAGGCUGGAAAAGAAGUGACGGCAACAUAAAAAAGUGUGCAUUAAUUGGGUGGUUGUGUUUUUAGGGAAAAACAGAUGGAAAAAAAAUCUAUUUUUUAUUAUUUUUUACUUUGUACAAGCACCGUGAUGUAAUUACCUCAAUCGAAAACCUAUUUUACUGUCUAAAAGUUCUAUUGUUGUAAAAUACAAUUAUUUUAUGUAGUGUAAAAUCUUACAGUUUUAUAAAAAA